CUUCCCUCCGCCAGCGCCGGCCUCCUCCUCCUCCUCCCUCUCGCCUGACGGCCGCGGCGGCUGCAAAAGGCAUUUCCCUUUUUUAUUUUUUCAGCAGCCGCAAGUGAGGUCAAACUGCAGUAACGUUGUGACUCUGCUGUGUGAUUACUGGGCCGUUCCUCUGCCUGGGCCAAUGCUAGAUCUGGAAGUGGUUCCCGAGCGAUCUCUUGGGAAUGAACAAUGGGAAUUCACCUUGGGAAUGCCAUUGGCUCAGGCUGUAGCAAUUCUUCAGAAACACUGUCGUAUCAUAAAAAAUGUCCAGGUUCUCUACAGUGAACAGUCUCCUCUUAGCCAUGACCUCAUCCUUAACCUGACUCAGGACGGAAUCAAACUGCUGUUUGAUGCUUUCAAUCAAAGACUCAAGGUGAUUGAAGUUUAUGACUUGACUAAAGUGAAGUUAAAAUAUUGUGGUGUCCAUUUUAACUCUCAGGCUAUUGCUCCAACCAUAGAACAAAUUGAUCAGUCUUUUGGAGCAACACAUCCAGGAGUGUACAACUCUGCUGAACAACUUUUCCACCUCAACUUCAGAGGACUGUCUUUUUCCUUUCAAUUGGACUCAUGGACUGAAACUCCAAAGUAUGAGCCAAACUUUGCCCAUGGCCUAGCUUCCCUGCAAAUUCCCCAUGGUGCAACUGUGAAACGUAUGUACAUCUAUAGUGGAAACAGUCUGCAAGAUACCAAGGCUCCUAUGAUGCCCCUCAGCUGUUUCCUUGGAAAUGUGUAUGCAGAGAAUGUUGAUGUUCUGAGAGAUGGAGCUGGGCCCUCAGGUUUACGGCUUCGCUUACUCACUGCAGGUUGCGGCCCUGGUGUAUUAGCUGAUGCCAAGAUGCGGGUAUUUGAGCGCUGUGUUUAUUUUGGUGAUUCGUGCCAAGAUGUUCUGAGCACUUUGGGGUCUCCUCACAAAGUUUUCUACAAGUCAGAAGAUAAGAUGAAAAUUCAUUCACCCUCACCUCACAAGCAGGUUCCUUCAAAGUGCAAUGACUACUUCUUCAACUACUUCACACUUGGAGUGGAUAUCCUUUUUGAUGCAAAUACUCACAAAGUGAAGAAAUUUGUUCUACAUACUAAUUACCCUGGUCAUUACAACUUCAAUAUUUACCAUCGUUGUGAAUUUAAGAUUCCACUGGCCAUUAAACGAGAUAGCACCGAUUCACAGACAGAAACCUGCACAACCUAUAGCAAGUGGGACAAUAUUCAGGACCUUCUUGGACAUCCUGUAGAGAAGCCAGUGGUACUUCACAGAUCAUCCUCUCCAAACAACACAAAUCCAUUUGGGUCAACAUUUUGCUUUGGACUUCAGCGAAUGAUCUUUGAGGUGAUGCAGAAUAAUCACAUAGCUUCUGUUACUCUCUAUGGCCCAGCAAGGCCCAGCAGCCAGCUGAAAAUGUCAGAUCUUCCCCAGUGAGCGAUAUCAGCUAAUCAAAAUGCUACAAAAUUAGUACAGCGUGCCUUGAUUUGCUGCCACUUAUAAUAUGGAAAAGCACGGUAUGAUGGACUUGUGUGUGUGUGUGUGUGUGUGUGUGUGCGCGCGCGCGUUCAUAAACUGUCUUUUGCCACCUGUGCAUGGAGCAGGAUGGGAAAUCCUCUUGACUGUUCAUCACAGGGCAUGGAAAUGAGCAAUUAGGUGCCUGUCGCCGUUGAUUUUUCUCCUCUCGGUUGCCCUCAUCCUUUACUGUGUGGAUGUAAACAGACUGGUCUAUCUUUCCUGAGCUGGAAGAAGGAUGAGUUUUAAACGAGAGGGCACACAAAUGACUGCACGACUUAGAAGCACAAACUUUCUGAGCCUUGGAGCAUCUGGAAGCAGGUAUUGGAUAUAUUUUUUCCGGUCUGUGUUUGUGUUAACUGUAAUGGUAGUCAUAUUUUUUAAAGGACAACAAUGUAUGUGUGGGUGUGUAUACACACACAUAGACACACCCCUUAUAUAUAGGUGUAUAUAUAAAAUAAAGUACAUGGGUAUUUCUGUGGCUAAGACAUCGUACCAAAUGUGACAAGUAUGUAUAUACGUGUCCAUAAUUUCAGGCAUCACAUGUUUGUCUGAUGUUGAAACAAGUGCAAAGCAGCAUGUGCAUAAGACUUGGUUGUAACAUUUUUGCACUACAUACACUUUAAUUACUUGAUAAUACAUUUUAAUAUUCACUGAGGAGCAUCUGUGUACUGGGUGUGAGUGGGGGUACGAUGGUUUAUUUAAUUGUUUGCCACGCAUAAAGCUUAUUUAUACAGUGGGGAAGAACCCCACCUUUUCUGCACUAAUAUUUACUUGACAUGCUGAAGCGACUUAUUUUCUGCCAUGCCUGGUUAACUAAUGUGUUUUUUAUAUAUACCGUGUCCAGAAGGAGAGGGGGGGGAGUCAAGUAGAUUAUUCCUCUGAAUUAUGUCUUUCUUAAGGGUUUUGAUACCAUUUUUGCUUGUGCAUAAAACGGG